GUUGCCAUCGUCCAUCAUUGUUCACUGUUUUCAAUCGGAUUGGAUGUUUAUACUGCAUGAACAUAGAAUUUUUGGGCGCAUUUUGAAUUAUAUCCCGAAAUUAUGGACGAUGAAAGCCUAUGUGAAAGCUUGAUUAUUUGGCUUAAUACUUUUGAUGAGAUUGAAGCUCUUAAGUCUAAUGCUGUUGAGCUCAGCGAUGGUGUUGCAAUGUGCCAAUGUCUGGCAUUGAUUGCUCCUGAUUGGUUUGAUGAUGAAUGGAUGUCUAAAGUAAAGAAGGAUGCUGGAGACAAUUGGAGACUGAAGUGUAGCAAUCUGAAGAAAUUAUUGAAGGGAAUAAUGGAUUAUUAUACUGAAGUUUUGAACAUGGAUAUUGUUGGUUUUACGUUACCUGAUGUUUCUUGUAUUGCGGAGAAGCAUGACAAAGCAGAAUUGGGACGGCUUCUCCAACUUAUUUUGGGUUGUGCUGUUAACUGUGAUGAAAAACAAGAAUACAUACAAAAUAUUAUGCAAAUGGAGGAAUCAGUUCAACAUGUCGUCAUGACUGCUAUACAAGAGUUGAUGGCGUGCAAGGAUGUUUCCAGCUCUGUUGAUAAUGAUACAUACAAAGAUCUUGAAGUUCAACACAAAACGACCCUAGAACAGUUACGAUCGACUAUGGCCCAAAAAGAGGAAAUAUCACAAAGAUGUCACGAGCUCGACGAACAAUUAUCAUUAUUGAGAGAGCAUCAUUCGACACUCGAGACAGAGAACCAUAUUUUAAGAAAACAACUGAACAGUAAAAGUGAUGAAAGUGGACAGUCUGCUGAUGCGAGUGAGCGACUUAAUCAACUUCAGCAACAAGUGGAAUUGCUUAAAGAGCAAAACUUUUCUCUUGAAUCAAGUCGAGAUGAAUUUCGAAUAAAGUGCAGUACGUAUGAAAAAGAAAAUUUGGACUUAAGCGAACGUAUUGAACAACUGCAAAGUUUAGCCGAGGAAUCUCAGCAACUUCGAGAUGAGAUGGAUGUACUACGACAUACGCAAGAGAAAGUCGCAAAAUAUGAAUCUACAAUCGACUCCUACAAGAAAAAACUUGAGGAAUUAACUGAAAUGAGAAAGCAAAUGAAGUCAAUGGAGGAAAAGAAUGCUUCAUAUAUGCAGCAAACUAUUGAUUUACAAGAGGAUUUAAAAAAAGCCAACGCACUAAAGACCCAACUCGAAACCUACAAGAAACAGGUCCAUCAGCUACAAAGUUCCGUCUCGGAAAAUGAAAGAAGAGCUGACAAGGCUGAGUUCGAAUCUAAACGCGUCAAAGAGAAAAUGGUGCAGUUACAGGGCGAGAACGAGCGUUUGAAACAAGAACGAAAUACACUACGAGAAAAAAAUGAAGAACUUACCCUCAAUGAAGUGUCGAGAACGACUGGGGAUAAAUCUUCGUUUCUAUCUGACAGCUCUGACAACUUUUUCAUGGCAGAUUUACCACCUGAAGCUAGGGAAAGGAUAAUUCUUCUCGAACAUCAAAAUAAGAAACUAAAGGAACUAUCAGAUGGUGCAGAAUCUGAGCAGACGGAGUUGUUGAAGAGCUUAUUGGAAGAUGCUAAUGCUGCUAAGGAGCAAUUGAAAAAGGAAACAAGGGAGUUGAACCAGCGGAAUAUGGAGCUGGAGAGCGAACUUGAAGAAAUGCGGAAUCAACAAAGUAGUUUGCGCGAAGAGAAAGAAAAUGAAUUGCAACAAAAAUACAUGGAUCACCUGCAAAAAUUAAAGGACGCUAAUGAUGAGUUGCAGAAGAAAAAGACUUAUAUGGAAUCACUUGAGCCAGGAACAAAUGCCACAGCGGAAAAGGUGAACGAGUUACAAGAAUUGUUGAAUAAAAAAGACCAAGAGACGAAGGCCAUGGAAGCGAAAUACAAAAAAUAUCUUGAGAAAGCAAAAAGUGUUAUAAAGACACUUGACCCUAAACAAAAUACAUCUGCAAAUGGGCCAGAGAUCGAUACGUUAAAGAAUCAACUUCAAGAAAAAGAAAAGUUCAUCGAACAUUUAGAGCGUAACAACGAGAAAAUGAAAUUGACUCGUGAACGAGAAGAGAAAUUGAUGGUUACUGCCUGGUAUGAAAUGGCUAUGCAACUCCAUAAAAAAGCUGCAGAAGAAAGAUUAUCCGGUGGUCCAGGAAUGUCAUUUUUAGCUAGACAACGUCAGGCUGCUCGUCGACGGUCAUCCAAUACUAAACAAGCGCAGACAGCAUCUUCUCGUUAAGGUUUGUCCUGGCUGGACUAUUCAUCACGCAUAUUUUUAAAACAAGCUGGCUUUCAUACAAACUAUCGAAAAAACUCUAUAUUUCGGGCUGACCUAGAUCACUUGCAUGCACUGUUUUUUUACCCCUCAUAACUUGUAAACUGGUUUGACGUUAAGGUUAAUGCACUUUGGGCUGAUAUUUUCAGGAAUUAUUUGACAUUUCCCGAUCCAAUCGUAUACGCAGUUAAUCAUUAACUGUAUUUUAAGCUAUCAACAUUUGUGUUUUGAUCAACUCACACUAAAUCAUGUACAAACGUGCUCUUAUUGAAAUUAUGUACUGAAAUUUUGAACGUGA